GGGCAACAAGAGAGGGGGGCCAACUGUCUGCACUGUGUUUGCUCAAGGGAACUUCAGCAGGGCAGAUGUGUCAACCAGGGUUGGAGAGGAGUUAAAGGUGUCUCCAGCCUUCAUCCACCCUGCUGUCUCCAAAUAUGCCCUCAUUGUGUUUUCUGUUGCUCUGGCCUCCACUAAUAGAUGUGUCUAAUGUGGAGAAUGAGCCCCAGGACUGUGUGUAAGAGGGUGGGAGUUACAUGGAGCUGCACAAAACCCUCAGCAGCAGUGUUAAUGGAUAUGAUGAUGAUGUCCAUUUAAGGUAGGCCCUCCUUGUGUAUACAUAUACAGCCUGUUUUUUUUUUUUUUUUUUUAAAGAUGAGCCAAGGGCCAAAGCUCGUCCUCGAGUGGCUGUCGAAGCUCCACCUGGCCCAGUAUGUGGAGUCAUUCAUUGACAACGGGUACGAUGAUCUGGAAGUUUGCAAACAGAUCGGGGAGCCGGACCUCGAUGCCAUAGGUGUCAACAUCGAGUACCACAGAGACAGGCUGCUCACGGCGGUGCAGACACUUAAAGAUGAGGACAAAGGGAAAGCGCCUAGCUACUACUUCACCUUAGAGCCUCUGGAUUCUACUUGCAACCACUCUCCGCACUCGAACAGAGAAGAUGACUUUAGACCUUUGGGGUCACACUCACAGACCGCAGGAAUACACCAGGCCUCCUGUCCUGGAAACCAUAACCCGAGAGAAACAGAUUGCAAUGACUUUGUGACUUAUCCCAAACUGAAGCUCAAGGUACUGAUAAGGGAUAAACUCGCAAAAGAUGGAAUCAACCUGGGAGAAGCACCAUACACCUAUAAGGAUGGCUCGGUGGGAACCCUUGAUGACCUGGCUCAGGAGUAUUCUCAGUAUUACGGCACCUCCCUCAGUGACGUGUGUGAAAGGAUGGAGGAGCUACGGAAACGCAAAGUAGUGCAAGAUGCAGAGAUGGGAAAGGUUGACUCAGUGGCCACAUCACUGCAGCUCCGCUCUCAGAUUCAGGAAUCCCUUGGACUCAGCAGUACCACCUCCACUCCAGAGACUGAGAGAAGGUUUCCUGUGCAUAAAUCUAGCUCUGAUGAUGGAUCAGGAGGAAAAUGGGACGGAAAGAGAAGGAGCAAGUCUAUUUGGCAAAGUUUUCGAAAGUCACAGAAAGGAGUGAUGCGUCAGAUUUCAAAAGGUGAUGACGUCGGUUUUGUGGCCAGUGAAAUCACCAUGAGUGACGAAGAGCGUAUCCAGCUGAUGAUGAUGGUGAAGGAGAAUAUGAUCUCUAUAGAGGAAGCCCUUGCACGGCUGAAGGAGUUUGAGACACAAAACAGACAGACGUGCAGGUCCGACCCCACUGAGUGGACCGACCCCUCCAGUCCCACCACAAAUGAGUUGUUCAGCUGCAACCCGGGUGACCUGUCAGACAAUGAACAAGAGGAAUCUGUGACGUUCAGGAGACUCCAUAAACUGGUCAACUCAACACGGAAGGUGAAGAAGAAGCUGAUCAAGAUUGACGAGUCCAAGAGGCCUGGAGCAGAGGAGAGCCUAGACAUAGAUGGUCUUUCCUAUGGAGAUGCGAGCGCCUCCCUGUACUCAGGUGUGCAGAAGAAGCCUGCUGUUUGCCCCGUGGACUCCCUGUCUUCAGCUCUGAGGGAACAGCUCACCAACGACAGGGACUCUGACAGCCUGACCACCUCCCCCUCCUCCAGCAGCCUGGACACCUGCAGCAGCCAGAAGAUCUUCCAGGCCUUCGGCAAGUCCAGUGGGAGCCCCGUUCAUCAGGAGACGACUGUAGCAAGGGAGGUGAGGGAGGCAGGUGAAGGCAGCAGCUCCUCCUUUUCCGAAAUGGAGGGUUGCAAUGAUGAGGAACGCAAAAUCGCUCGCUCAGUGACCGACGGAGAGCUCCGUCAUCGGAUCCUCAACCCGCUCAGCCACCAUGGGAGAGCUUGUAGCUUUGGAGGAUUUGACCUUACCAACCGCUCAGUGCACGCAGCCAUUUCUGACAAUGCUAACACUAAUAAAGAUGGAGAUGGUGUGAGAGAUCCCAUUAAGUCUCCACCAACAUCUCGUAUUUCCCUGGGCAAAAAAGUCAAGUCUGUGAGAGAAACUAUGAGAAAACACAUAUCCAAGAGAUACCACUGUUCUCUCUCUGAACAGUCAAGCCCAGACCGCAUAUCCAGCUGUCCUCACUCGCCCCAGACAGACUCCGACUCUUUGGAGAAACCCAAACUGAAGCCAGGAGGGUCUGUGGAAAGCCUGCGGAGUUCCCUCAGCGGACAAAGUUCCAUGAGUGGUCAGACGGUGGGCACCACUGACUCGUCCAACAGCAACAGAGAGAGCGUGAAGUCUGAGGACGGGGAGGAGGAUGAGCUGCCUUACCGCGGACCCUUCUGUGGACGCGCUCUAGUUCAUACUGACUUCACCCCCAGUCCGUACGACACUGACUCCCUCAAACUGAAGAGUGGAGACGUCAUCGAUAUCAUUAGUAAGCCCCCGAUGGGUACGUGGAUGGGGAUGCUCAACGGUAAAGUCGGCACCUUCAAGUUCAUUUAUGUGGAUGUCCUGAAUGAAGAGGAGGUGAAACCCAAAAAGACACGCAGGAGGAGGAAGGCCCGGCAACCCAAACCCACCUCUGUAGAGGAGCUCCUUGAUCGCAUCAACCUCAAAGAGCAUCUUCCCACCUUCCUUUUUAACGGCUAUGAGGAUCUGGACACAUUCAAGUUGCUAGAGGAAGAGGACCUCGACGAGCUGAACAUCACAGACGCCCAGCACAGAGCCGUGCUGCUCACCGCUGUGGAGCUACUGCUAGAGUAUGACGGAAGCAGCGACCCAGAGCGAGGCAGUGGGUCCGGAGGCUCACAGGAGAAGCUGCUCCUGGACAGGCGUGGCCUCGCGGGAGACUCCCCGCGGGACUCCGGCUGCUACGAGAGUAAUGAGAACCUGGAGAACGGAAGGGAUAAAAAGACAUCUUCAUGCUUGAGCAGGUCCUCCUCUGGUUUUGAGUCAAGCUACCUCCCGUCCCCAGAGUACCCUGCCCUCCCACAGACCCUAACCUCCACCAGCUCCAGUAAGACUUCACUCCAAAGUAAACAAGCAAACCUGCCCUGUGUGUUACCGUUACUGAGAAGCCCCAAGAACAGCUUAACUCUCCCCAGCCCAGCGAAAGGUCACGUUCCAAGUGGAGCCAUUGCUAGGAGCCAGAGCUGCAUGGAGCUGAGAAGAGAUCCAGCACUAGGGCUGCUGAGGCGGAGCUGCUCCCUGACUGUCCUCCACAAAGACCAGAAGAGACAACUCACUGAUCCUAAAAACUGGAAUCUGACCCCCAGUGUCAAGACUGUGAGAGCGCAGCAUGCAGUAAAUCCUCAAAAACAUUGCGAGGUCGUGUCUCCUCCCUCCCAGCCUCCAACUGCAUCAUACAAGGCUGUGUGCAGCACUUUAAACACAGACACAGUAAAUGUGUUUGCCCCUAAACAAACAGCGACAACACAAAGUACACACCUUCAGCCGCCACCCACAGUUACAGCAGAAAUCUCCAAUCAUCCUUUAGUUACACCUUCCUUACCACGCCCACACCAAGAGCCCUUACCAACAGAGACUGCCUGUUUGUACAACUACACAGAUCACAUGUUAUCAGCGGAUAAAACAAGUCGUUCAGUUUCAGCCAAUUCCGAAGCCCGACGGCUGAAAAUGCAAAGAAAUAAAAAGAAAUCCAAAAGCUCAGCAAAUCUUGGUUCCCUGAUAGAAGAACGAAUGUAACUGCAGUCAUUUCUGACCAGGUAUUAUCCUCAAAAGUACAGUGAACUGUCGCUUUACAAAUGUAAAUUUAAAGGAUUUCUGAAAACAUAAGCAUGGAUUUGAAGUGGACAUCUGAGGACAUCUGAAGUUUAGACAGUGUUCAGUUAUGUCUAUUUAGCUAACGUACCUAUUUACACCCUGCUAAGUCUGUUUACAGUAUGGUCGAAAGGAAAUACCCCAGUCUCUGUUUCAGAUGUUCACCAUUCAGCUGAAUCCAGUCUGACCAACAGUUACACAAGCAGCAUUGCUUAUUUUACUGUUUUUAUGUGUAUAUAUGUAUGUAUAUGUAUUCAUUACGGUAUUUUUUGACAACAGGCCUUUUUCACUAAAGACAUUUUGAUAUGUCACAGUAGAAAAGCACAUGUGUAAAUACAUUUAGCUGCUUCGGUUUAAGAGUGACAUGCCUUACGUUCUAAAACCAGCCACCGGAGAUUUGACAAGCCGAGUUGGAAGCAACGUCAUCGGCCGGCUUCAGUCGAGCUGAGACAACCAGUUCACACCUCCGCAGCGUUUCCCUGCAACCAUCUGAAUCUUAAACAGAACAGAGCCGUUGUUAAUGUUAUUAAUAACACCUGUGCUUUUCCUACUUUGACAACUCGAAAAAAGAUUGUUUCUAUCAGCAUAAUCUAACUGCAAGUAGUGAUAGCAAUUAAUUAUCAAUUUUAUGUAAAGUGUUGAAUAAGUUUAGCAUUUUAGAAGUUGAAAGAAGAUAUUCCAACCCAGCAAGCAAUUUGUCUGUGUAAACAUACAUUGUUUAUUUCACAUCAGUUUCAUAUCAGUAAAUUAUGUACAGUAUUUUCCUGUUCAUUAAUUUAAUUAAUAAAGGUUUCUUUUUUAUAUACAUUAUAAAA